UAGUGACCUUGACAAGUCAGAAGCUUGAAAGCAGGGAAAUCCGGAUGUCUCAGUUAUGAAGUGGAGCCGUGUGGGCCCCCACUUACUUCCAGAAGUCUCCAUCCAGACUGGUGAUCGUCUGCCUCUGAUACUGCUGGUGCCCAUCUGAGGUGCUCCUCUGGCUCUGAAGGGGCUGACACAAUGGCCAAGUACUUCAGCCUGGUGUUGCUUCUUGCCUCCAUCUGGACCACAAGGCUCCUGGUCCAAGGCUCUCUCCGCACAGAAGAGCUUUCCAUCUCAGGACCAUGCAGAAUCAUGGGGGUCACUCUUGUGAACAAAAGGACACACCCGCAGCUGAAUUUCACAGAAGCCCAGGAGGCCUGUAGGCUCGUAGGACUAACUCUGGCCAGCAAAGAACAGGUUGAAGCAGCAUGGAAAUCUGGCUUUGAGACUUGCAGCUAUGGAUGGGUUAAAAAUCAGUUCGUGGUCAUCCCCCGGAUUAUCCAGAACCCCAAGUGUGGGAAGAAUGGGGUGGGCGUCCUGAUUUGGAGAAGUUCACUCAACCAACAGCACAGGGCCUAUUGUCACAACUCAUCUGAUACCUGGGUUAACUCAUGCUUUCCAGAAAUUAUCACCACCGAUGAUCCCAUAUUCGACACGGAAACUGCAACAUACACCACAGAAAUGAUUGCCAGUGAGAGUACACACUCAGCGUUGUCUACUGAGGGGCCUGACUCUACUACACCCACUGCGGCUCCUGCUCUGGCUUCCACUUCUAUUCCACGGAAAAGAAAAUUAAUUUGCAUAACGGAAGCUUUUAUGGAAACGAGCACCGUAUCUACAGAAACUGAAUCGUAUAUUGAAACUAAAGCGGCAUUCAAGAAUGAACCUGUUGGGUUUGGAGGUGUUCCCACGACCCUGCUGGUGCUUGCGCUCCUCUUCUUUGCUGCUGCAGCUGGCCUUGCCGUUUGCUACGUCAAAAGGUAUGUGAAGGCCUUCCCUUUUACAAACAAGAACCAGCAGAAGGAAAUGAUAGAAACUAAAGUAGUGAAGGAGGAGAAGGCCGACGAUAGCAACCCUAAUGAGGAAUCAAAGAAUACGGGUAAAAAACCCGAGGAGCCCAAGAGUCAACCUAAAACCACAGUGCGAUGCCUGGAAGCUGAAGUUUAGAUGGAAGCUGAAAGAAAUAAGAGGACACACCUGAGGUUGUUUUCCUUCCUGAUACACAUCCUGGUCCCAGAUGAGGAGCCUAAAAGGGCCAAAGAACCAAACAAGCAAGUCUACGCUUGGUUCCUAACUAGAGUCAGCUCAGGGUUACCUUUGGACUCUGGAGUUCACCAAAGGGAAUUCCCUUUUCCUUAUUGCAAUCCUUUCUGGAUCCUACCCUCCUACCUCCAAAGCUUCCCACAACCUUUCUAGCCUGGUUAUGUCCUAAUAAUAUCCCAGUGGGAGAAAGGAGCUUGUGCAAAGCACCUGGACCUCAAACAGCUAAUCAGAACAUGUUUGUCAAGAGGCCUUUAGGCUGCCUGAGAAUAGGUGAGCUGAGAGCCAAGAAACCAUUGAGAUCAAGGCUUUGUCUGUUGAUUGACUCUACAGCCCAGAUCCUGUCUUCAGCUCUGGAAAGGAAACACUUAUACCAUCUGGCAUGUCCUUCUGAGCCAGGCAAGAGCAAAAGAAGGAAGGAAAAGUUUAGCAACUUAAGGACAUGGAGAUUCCCAUGACUUGAGACCUAAUCUCUGUAAAACCAGAAUAGAGAAAAAGAAUAAGGCUGAGGAUAUUGACGGCAUUUGUCAGUAGGGACUGUAAAUACAGACAUGGUCAAAGUGUUCAUCUCUGAAUAAUUCUAGUUGGAAUCACUUUUUAGAACUUAUACAUACUUACUUUUCUCUCUCCUGCUGCUGCUAUUUUCUCUAGAAGAAUAUACUUUCUAGGGAAAAGAAAGUAUAUUCUUUUCUCCCCCCCCAAAAAAAAUCUCUUAAAAAUGUCUAUUUUUAUCCAAGUUAUAGAAAUUAUUACUGAAUAAAAUUACUGUGUUAAAAAGCAGUAAAAUUUAAUAAACAUUUGCUGAAUGCCUACUAUAUGUCAGGUGCUGUGCAAGUUAUUACAUUCUAUAAUUGAAUUUUAUUAAUAAAAAAAUCGCAUAUAGUAGAAUGUAUGAAGCUAAUAUUUUUCAGUGUUGAUAUCCCCAGCUUAUCCACUUCCAAAAUCAAUUUUUUUUUUUUGCUGAGACUAAUCUACUCAUUAUUUUCUCGUGAAUAUGGCAACAAUUAUAGCCUUAAUUUAUUAUUAACAUACCUAAAAAGUACAUCAUUACCUCUAUACACCAAAGUACAUUUUUUAGAUGUCAUUACCAAAUGUAUCACUAGCUUUCCUUUUUCCAGCAAAAGGAGUCUGAGAGGUGGAGAAAUAUUUGUGCUGAAAAAAUAAAAGCAUUUAGAAAAUUUCUUUGCUCUCUUAUUUACAUAGAUGCAUUAUACCUUUCAUGCAAAACUGAAGUAAUCUGUUGUUUGCAAAAGUAAGAGAGACAAUUUUGGUAGCUGAAAUACAUUUGUAAACCCAAUAGUACAUAUAUCAUCUUGCUUCAGAUGGUCUUAUUUUAAGUAGGUCAAGUAUACACACAUAAAUUCGUCCUUUACUUUGGAUUCAGGUCCUACAUUCCAAUCUGUUCCAGAGUUCACAGGAAGCUGGAGAUUCAGAUAGCUCCUUUGUUCUGUUUCUCUAACUUUCUCUCACCCUCUCUCUAGUCUUUCUCUCUGAGACUGCUAAUAUCUUCUUCCCCUCACCAGUAACCCCACAAUUCCAUGAUCCUUUCAGCUCAGAGGCCAUAACCUGUUGGCAUAGUCUUUUAUGGUUGUCCCACAAAUAUUAAAAUUUGGUUUAAUUGCCAAGAAUUAAACAUCAAGAGAUUUCAUAUAUUUGUAUUUCCGUUCCCUUGAAAACUGGCAAGAUCUGGAAC